CAGCGGCCUUUAUUCGAGACAUUUUUCCCAACUCGGGACCGUGUGACGAUGGAGCAGGUUCAAGUCCUUGGCAUCCUACCUUCCGAGUGGUGGGAGAAGUGGGACAGGAGAUUGGAAUGGUUUGACGAAGAAGGUGAAUUAAACAUGACGACAGGGGUGCGAAGACGUCACGAUGGUGUGCGCAGAACCUGGGAAAUGAGGUUCAAUCAUAGCGUACAGGAGGCUCGAGCUGAGGCAGGCUUGGAGACCGUGACAGAUGAGGAAAGGAGGGCAUUCGAGGCGAUGCUACGGUCAAUGUUGAAAUUCCAGCCGAAGGAAAGAGCUACAGCACAAGAGGUGAUGCAAUCAGAGUGGAUGAACGGCUGGGGACUGCCGGCUCUGGAACACAGCUGGGGUAUUUCUAAUUCUACCGUGAGCAAGAUACAAGAAAUAGAGGAUUGA